AAAUAAAUAAAACAGGUGUCGAUCUCCGCUCCAACUGGAGACAGGGUCCAAACCAUGGCGGAGAAGGCUCAAAAGAGUGUGAAGAUUGCUCCUGGAGCAGUUGUAUGUGUAGAAAGUGAAAUCCGGGGUGAUGUAACCAUAGGACCUAGGACAGUGAUCCACCCUAAAGCACGGAUUAUUGCGGAAGCCGGGCCAAUAGUGAUUGGGGAAGGUAACCUAAUAGAAGAACAGGCGCUUAUCAUAAAUGCUCACCCUGAUAAUAUCACCCCUGAUGCUGAAGAUCCAGAACCAAAACCUAUGAUCAUUGGCACCAAUAAUGUGUUUGAAGUUGGCUGUUAUUCCCAAGCCAUGAAAAUGGGAGAUAAUAAUGUUAUUGAAUCAAAAGCAUAUGUGGGCAGAAAUGUAAUCCUGACAAGUGGUUGCAUCAUUGGGGCUUGCUGUAACCUGAAUACAUUUGAGGUCAUCCCUGAGAAUACAGUGAUCUAUGGUGCAGACUGCCUUCGUAGGGUGCAGACUGAGCGACCACAGCCCCAGACACUACAGCUGGAUUUCCUGAUGAAAAUCUUGCCAAACUACCACCACCUAAAGAAGACUAUGAAAGGAAGCUCAACUCCAGUUAAGAACUAAGAACAAUAUACAACAUCAAGAUAACAGUUUGUCUUUGACCACUGUCUUUUGAGAGGGCCACAGUGUUUAUGCACUCUUAGCAAUUCACAGAUUGAUACAUGUUGACUUUAUUUUAUAAAAUUGAGUCAGAGAGGAAAGUAAUGGAUUUUCAUUAUAACUGUCCUCUGUAAUUACAUAAAAUGCAUUAUUUUCCUAUAUCCUUACUCCUUUUCUGAGAAUUUGCAGGUUUGGUUUAUUUUUCUUUUGUCAUAUGUUGGCCAUGAUUUUAGUUGUGUAAAAGAUUCCCUGUGAUAAGAAAGGGCAUAUUACUAUGUAUUUAUAUUCUAGCAUAUGUUGUAUUCAAUAAAAAUGCUAGUGAUGGGAAAAAAAA